CCGCCUUCUUCAUCAUCACUCACAUUUUUCACUCCCUUUUCCCCUUUCUCUCUUCUUCUGCUUUUGAUCCGUUUCCUCUUUUGAGAUAUGGUUGCGAUGGAUUCCUGCUUUGUGUCUUUGAAAUCCAAUACCCAAUUGAUGAAGGGUAAUUGGGGAGGUUUGGAUCGUUGUGAGAAUGGAUUUAUGGAGAAAGUUAGAGGAGGUUUUAAUGAAAAUGUUUGGAUUAAGAGUUUGAAAUAUGAGAAGAAAGCUUUGAAGCUUACCCCAAAUGUUGCUUAUGCUGUGGCUACGCCUAAUGUUUCAAAGCAGCCUAUGACCAUUCAAGUUCCAACAGUUCCUAAAGUAAAAGCGAAUCCCAAAAAUGUUGCUUCAAUCAUAUUGGGAGGGGGUGCUGGGACUCACCUGUUUCCGCUUACUAAAAGAUCGGCAACGCCCGCUGUUCCAGUUGGAGGAUGCUAUAGGCUUAUAGAUAUUCCAAUGAGCAACUGCAUCAACAGUGGGAUCAACAAAAUAUUUGUGCUUACCCAGUUCAACUCUGCUUCUUUGAAUCGUCAUAUCUCGCGGACAUACUUUGGAAAUGGUGUCACUUUUGGGGAAGGAUUUGUGGAGGUUCUUGCAGCCACACAAACAUCUGGGGAAUCCGGUAUGUACUGGUUCCAAGGAACUGCAGAUGCUGUGAGACAAUUUAUUUGGGUAUUUGAGGAUGCCAAGAACAGAAAUGUUGAGAACAUUCUAAUUUUGGCAGGGGAUCACAUGUACAGAAUGGACUAUAUGGACUUUGUUCAGAAUCACAUUGAUCGCAAUGCUGAUAUUUCAAUCUCGUGUGCAGCUGUGGAUGACAGCCGCGCAUCAGACUACGGAUUGGUGAAAUUAGAUAGUAGAGGUCGAAUUAUCCAGUUUUCUGAAAAGCCAAAGGGUGCCAAUUUGAAUGCAAUGCGAGUAGAUACAACUUCAUUUGGUCUGUCUCGGGAGGAGUCUUUGAAGUCUCCUUACAUUGCAUCAAUGGGAGUUUAUGUUUUCAAAACGGAUGUUUUGCUAAACCUUUUGAAGUGGAGAUAUCCUUCAUCUAAUGACUUCGGCUCUGAAAUCAUUCCUGCAGCUAUAAAGGACCACAAUGUCCAAGCAUUUAUGUUUAGAGAUUAUUGGGAGGACAUUGGAACAAUAAAGACUUUCUAUGAUGCAAACUUGGCCCACGGAAGAGUUUCUAAGUUUGAAUUUUAUGACCCCAAGACACCUUUCUAUACGUCUCCUCGAUUCUUACCGCCGACCAAGAUCGACAGGUGUCAGAUUGUCGAUGCAAUAAUCUCACAUGGAUGCUUUUUGAGAGAAUGUAGUAUCCAACAUUCGAUAGUCGGUGAACGGUCAAGAUUAGACUAUGGUGUUGAACUUAAGGAUACGAUAAUGAUGGGUGCAGACAAUUACCAAACCGAACUUGAAAUUACAGGUCUGCUAGCAGAGGGAAAAGUCCCUGUAGGGAUUGGACCAAACACGAAAAUCAGUAAGUGUAUAAUCGAUAAGAAUGCAAAAAUUGGGAAGGAUGUUAUCAUUAUGAACAAAGAUGGCGUCCAAGAAGCAGAUCGGCCUGAACAGGGAUUCUACAUUCGCUCGGGAAUCACCAUUGUAAUGGAAAAGGCAACAAUCGAAGAUGGCACCGUUAUAUGAACAGAACUCAAAAUCCUCAAUCUUGGUUUGGAAGACAUGUUAGAGGAGGAAGGAAAAUGGUGUGAAGUUGGCUUUCAUGAGACUGCCUAAACUGUGGCAGCUGAAGAAUCAGCAUUGUAGCUUGAGAAAAAGGAGAAAGGAUUUGAUUAUGGAGAUUGAGUUUAAAGCUUCUUUUCAGAUCUUUAGAGAUAGCUUUUAAGAGGUUCGACAAAAAGGAAGUUCCACAUGGAGAAGAGAGUCUAAAUCUUUAGUGUAAUUCUGUUCAAUAAGAAUGGCUA